CCCUCCCUCCUCCUCCUCCUGGCUGGGCUACCCCUGUCCCUGCCUCUCCCAGCUGCCUCCUGCUCCUUGUGCCAUGCAAGCUGGAGGCUGCUCCUCUCUGAGUCUUGCUCAUGACAGCAGUUGUGGAAGAUGCACCUACAUGCAAGUGAAUCAACUCCUUUUCUAAUGUGUGCAGGGGAGGACUUCAAUCUUGCAGGCUGCCAGUUCCUCUCUCUGCACUCAGCAGCAGUGGCAGAACGCUGCCUGGCUGAAGGAUGCUGAUGCUGCCCUGACUUCCCUGGUACCAAAUGCCAACCGGCUACUGAUGAGCUGUGGAUGUUGAUGUGGAUUGCUUGUGACUUGCUGCUGCUGGUAGAGUGUGGGGUUCUGCUCUUUGGCUUCAGUUCAGCUGAUCCCCAUGUGGGGGCUCACUUGAUCGCAUCUUCCAGCACUUUUAGCCGGAAAAAGCGAUUUUUCCACCCUUUUAUUACUCAUAAUAUUAAUAAAAAAAAACCUUGAGCAGCCGAUGAGUUGGAGACGAGGGUUGUUGUUGGACUGAAGCACACCCAGAUGCACCCAAGGAUGGAGCACUGCUAUGCCAGUCUAUUGGCACCCCUAUGGAUCUUUUUGGUUCUCAGUGCUCGUGCCAGUGGGGACAUCACUUGUAGGCAAUGUCACACCCGAAUCCAGCUGAGGGACCACGGGUUGCAGUCGGUGGCCAGGGAACUUGUGCAGGACUCAACUGGUGCCGAGGACAAGGAGGAUGGGGAAGUGGGCGAGGGGCACCGUGAGGUCCAACAGCUGCAUCUUUUAGGUGGCGACCGGCCAGGAGGCACCGACGCUCCAAAGUCGUCCAAGAAAGGUGGCAACCACAAGCUGCCCAGGGAGGGCCAACGGAAGAUGACCAGGGUCAAGAGGGACCAAUCCAGAUUGGGCAUCAUGCUGCCAUCUGACCCCAACGACGAGGAACCUUUGACCGGCUUCCCUCUGGAUUCCCAGAAGGUCAAGAGAGCUGAUGCCAAGGGGUCCAGGGAGGAAGGGAGGAUAAACCGUGCCAGGAUGGAGGAACUAAAACUAAGCAGCACCAGCUUUCCUUUGACUGGAGACUCUGCCCAUAACCAAGCCAUGGUCCACUGGACCGGGGGACACAACAGCAGCGUCAUCUUGAUUCUUACAAAGCUGUAUGAUUUUAAUCUGGGGAGCGUGACAGAGAGUUCCCUCUGGCGGUCAACAGAUUAUGGGACAACCUAUGAAAAGUUCAAUGAGAAGGUGGGGCUGAAGACUGUUCUCAGCUAUCUAUAUGUGAGCCCCACCAACAAGAGAAAGAUCAUGCUGUUGAGUGAUCCUGAUGUAGAGAGCAGUAUAUGGAUCAGCUCGGAUGCUGGAGCCACCUAUCAAAAAUACAGAAUUAACUUCUACAUACAGAGUCUCUUGUUUCACCCCAAGCAGGAGGAUUGGGUGCUGGCAUACAGUCUGGACCAAAAGCUCUACAGCUCUAUGGAUUUUGGAAGAAGGUGGCAUCUGAUGCAUGAAAGGAUAACACCCAACAGGUUCUAUUGGUCUGUAAUGGGCUUAGAUAAGGAGGCUGACCUUGUCCACAUGGAGGCUCAGACAGCUGACAGAUAUGCCCAUUAUAUAACCUGUAGAAUACAAGAGUGUGCAGAGACCACUAAGAGCGGACCGUUCUCUCGUUAUAUUGACACUAAUUCAUUAGUGGUACAGGACGAGUAUGUCUUCAUUCAGGCGACAUCUGGCGGUAGAGCCAGUUACUACGUCUCCUACAAACGUGAAUCUUUCGCACAGAUUAAACUACCGAAAUAUUCUCUCCCGAAGGACAUGCACAUCAUCAGCACAGAUGAGAAACAGGUGUUUGCUGCCGUCCAAGAGUGGAACCAAAAUGAAACUUAUAACCUGUACAUCUCAGAUACACGAGGCGUCUACUUUACCCUCGCACUAGAGAAUGUCAAGAGCAGCCGGGGCCUGGAGGGAAAUAUUGUCAUCGACCUUUAUGAGGUAGCUGGGAUAAAAGGUGUACUCCUGGCCAAUAAGAAAGUUGAUGAGCGCGUGAAGACCUUUAUUACUUACAACAAAGGGCGGGACUGGCGCCUUAUUCAGGCCCCUGACUUGGAUAUGAAGGGGAACCCCAUCAAUUGUCUACUGCCAUUCUGCUCCUUGCACUUUAACCUGCAGAUGUCUGAGAACCCGUAUAACUCUGGUAGUAUAUCCAGCAAGGUCACGGCUCCCUGGCUUAUUGUUGCUGCAGGUAACAUUGGCCCCGAACUUUCCUCUACGGACACUAAUAUGUACAUCUCAUCGGAUGGUGGCAAUACAUGGAAACAUAUAUUUGAAGAAGAAUACAAUAUUUGGUUCUUGGACUGGGGCGGAGCUCUGGUUGCCAUGAAACACACCUCGCUGCCGGUACGCCAGUUGUGGCUGAGCUUUGAUGAAGGCCGAACCUGGAGUAAAUACGGUUUUACGACCACACCGCUGUUUGUUGAUGGGGCACUGGUGGAACCUGGAGUAGACAAUCAGAUCAUGACAGUGUUCGGACACUUCAGUCUCUUGUCGGAGUGGCAGCUGGUGAAAGUGGAUUACAAAUCUGUUUUUGGCCGGAGGUGCACUGAAAACGACUUUGAACACUGGCAUUUACACAAUCAGAGGGACUUCUGUGUGAUGGGAGAGAGAAAGAACUAUCGGAAAAGAAGACCUGGAUCCAAGUGUAUGCUGGGAAAAGACUAUCUGCGGACCAUCACAGAGCCAUGUUUGUGUUCCCAUUGGGAUUUCGAGUGUGACUACGGCUACGAGAGGCAAGGGAAGAACCAGUGCACGCCGGCAUUUUGGUUUAACCCAACUUCCAUCACCAAAGACUGCAGCCAGGGUCAGAGCUUUCUGAGGAGCAGCGGGUAUCGGAGAAUUGUGUCCAACAACUGCACAGAUGGGUUGCGGGAACAGUACAGGGCCAAGCCUCAGCAGUGCUCAGGCAAAGCCCCACAAGGUCUCCAGCUCACUACAAGUGAUGGGAAGCUGGGGGUUCACCAAGGCCAGAACGUGACUUUCCUAGUCCACUUGGAGGAGGGUGAUCUCCAAAAGAUAAAUAUUCAGCUGGACUUUGGGGACGGCAGCGCUGUGUCCUAUGCUAAUUUUAGCAAGAUUGAAGAUGGGAUAAGACAUGUGUAUAAGAGUGCUGGGAUAUACCAAGUCGUGGCAUACGCUGAGAAUAACGUCGGCAUCGAUAGUGCAUUCCUCUAUCUCCAUGUGACUUGUCCCGUGGAACAUGUUCAUCUAAGAGUGCCAUUUGUUGCCAUUCGAAACAAAGAGGUCAACAUCAGCGCUGUGGUUUGGCCGUUGCAUUCAGGAACGCUCACUUAUUUUUGGUGGGUUGGGAAUAAUACCAAGCCUCUCAUCACUUUGGACAGCAGCAUCUCCUUGACCUUCAGCGUGGAGGGAACAAACACCAUAACUGUUCAAGUGUCUGCUGGAAACACCCUCAUUCAGGACACCAAAGAGGUGGCAGUACACGAGUAUUUCCAGUCACAGCUGCUGUCAUUUUCCCCGAACCUGGAUUACCACAACCCCGACAUCCCCGAGUGGAGACAAGACAUAAGCAGACUCAUUAAGAGAGCUCUGAUACAGGUCACCCAUAUCCCAGAGGAGCAUAUUCUAGUAGCCAUGUUUCCCGGACUCCCAACAUCAGCGGAACUUUUUAUCUUACCACCAAAAAAUGUCAGCGAGCGGAGGAAAGGCAGCAAAGCGGACUUGGAGCAGAUUGUAGAGUCUCUUCUUAGUGCCCUGAAUCAGAACCUUGUAAUGUUCGAGUUGAAGCCUGGAGUGCAGAUCUUUGUAUAUGUCACACAGCUUACUCUAGCACCCCUAGUGGACAAUAGUGCCAGUCACAGCAGUUCUGCGAUGCUGAUGCUCCUUUCGGUCGUUUUUGUGGGCUUAGCUGUUUUUUUAAUCUACAAGUUCAAGAGGAAAAUCCCAUGGAUUAAUAUUUACGCGCAAGUUCAGCAUGAUAAAGAACAAGAAAUGAUUGGCUCCGUAAGUCAAACUGACAACGCACCCAAAAUAUCGCUCAGCAACUUCACGGAGGAGGAGCUGGCGGACAAGGAACUGGACACACGAGUCAUCGGUAGCAUAUCCACGAUUGCGAACAGUGAAAGCACAAAGGAAAUUCCAAACUGUACAAGUGUUUAAUGUUGACAAAACUUCUAGCUGGGCCAAAAUUCAGACUUCUUUUUCUACGGGAAGGAAUCCAUUUCUCAUUUUUCUGCCCUUCUGUGCCACAUUUGUAAAUAAGAAGUACAUGAGAUGCGUUCAUUAAAAGAAAAAGAAAAACUGAAAAAUAACUUUAACACUUGCUUUGUUUUUUCUACUUUGUAAAAUAAUGUGUUUUGCCAGAGGUGACAACUAAGUUUUAUUUUCAGUUGUUCCAUUAAACAAUCCUGGAGAUUCCCCCGGAUUCUAAUUUCCAUUGCUCUGGUGAGAAAUGUUUCAUUAUGAGAAGGACCUCAGGGAUGUUUUUUUGAAGGCCUUUUGGAAAGCCAGGUGUUCAUUUGACGUGACCAGCGUUGUUUAUUACCAAUUUUCCUGAAACAGACCGGAAUUUCAUUUAACAACGACUUUACCUUCAGAAUUUUGUUACUCACCACGUUCCAAGCUGGAGAAUCACAUUCUUCAUCCAAGCCACAAAAUGAUUGUCCACUUGGCUUUACACAAAGACAAAUAUCCAUCUCCAUCUUGAACAUAUGAUCCACAUGUAUAGACUCUCUAUAUUUUAUUUUGCAGAAGUUGGACAAGUGUUUCUAAGGGACAAGAAAAAAAAAUCACAUUUCACCACUUUGUUCUGAGAACUUUCAUCUCUUAAAAGAAAACAUGAAUUUCUAAUCUCUCCUUUGGUAUCCGAAGGUUGAUAUGUUGACAAGAUGUUAUUGCGUUUGGGGGAGGAUGUCACCUUUCUUUGUCUACGCCAAGUACAAAAUGGAUAAUAUUUGUUCAACAGUGA